UUCAUCUGGACGGCUGAUUUUGCUCCGCGGGGUCCGGCCGUCGUCAGCUGGGUCUCGUGGGCGAUGGCGGCACCACUGCACACGGCGUCCGCCGUUGGCUCCCUAUUCGGAACGACAUGCACGCAACUGGGGAUGAGCUGGCGCUGGACGCUUGUAGCUCAAGCUGUUCAGUGGGCGACGCUGGGGACGCUCUUGGCGCGCCUGCCGCGACAGGUGCUGGACGUCCCAUACUUGAAUAAGAAGCGAAAAUUCGAGAAGAAAGAGAAACAAAUCAUGAAGCAACCACAUAACAAACUGGAACAAGAUGAAAGAGG